UUAAAAACAGUAAUUAAAAAUGGAAAAUGUUGUGAAUGUAGAGACAUAUACCGAUAUACGGGAGGGAGGGAGGGAGAUGGGGGCCUCGUGAUUCCAAAGUUUUGUUCUUUUAUGCCCUUUUGAUCUCCUUCCUCAUUUACUACUCAUCGAAAAGAUCUUUUUUUCCUUGUGCAGAGAGUCCCCACUCUCUCCCUCUCUCUCGUUUACUUCAAAGUUCAAACCCAGUAAUUUUUACAAACACAUAUAAAUACCCACUUUCGCUUCUCUCCCGUUUAUCUUUUUUUUUUAAUUUUAAUAAUUGUUUCUAUUCUAGUGGGAAAGCCCACAAACCAGGGGGGAAACGAACGGAGGCAGACAGAGAGGGUGGUUGUUUGUCUCGGAACAUAGACAUAUUGAGGCUCAAUGUCGGCUUACACGGACAAGGAUCCUCGCAUUCAUGGCAUUAAAAACAAGAUUCGGGUCGUCCCCAAUUUUCCUAAACCAGGUAUUAUGUUCCAAGACAUUACGACUCUGUUGCUGGAUCCCAAAGCAUUCAGGGACACGAUUGAUUUGUUCGUUGAGAGAUACAAAGGCAAGAACAUAUCAGUAGUUGCAGGAAUAGAGGCUCGAGGCUUUAUAUUUGGACCUCCUAUUGCUCUUGCAAUUGGGGCAAAGUUUGUACCCCUAAGAAAACCAAAGAAGUUGCCUGGUGAAGUUAUCUUUGAAGAGUAUGUAUUGGAAUAUGGAAGGGAUUGUCUUGAAAUGCAUGUUGGAGCAGUUCAACCUGGUGAAAAUGCUUUGGUGGUCGAUGAUUUGAUUGCUACUGGUGGCACUCUUCGUGCAGCUAUGAAUUUACUGGAACGUGCUGGAGCGGAAGUGGUUGAAUGUGCUUGUGUGAUUGAAUUACCAGAUUUAAAGGGUCGUGAGCGAUUGAACGGCAAGCCAUUGUUCGUGCUUGUGGAAUCCCAUUAAUUCUACUGCGACGACGCCUGCUGCCAUAACUAGAUGUACAUUAAAGGGUAUUGUUGGCUACAUUUUUAUCUGGGUUCUUACAUUGACCCAUCAACUGUUUCUAUGAUAAGUGAAUUUUGAUGAUCCUUAUCCUUGGUGGUUGAUAGUGAUACCACUUGUUUCUCCUGGUUACACAAAAACAUUGAAUUUAAAGAUGCUUUGUAGGGAAUCCUUGAUCAAUUUAUCAAAUCGCCUUUCAUUUCA